AUCUUUUUUCUUCCACGAACACUUUAAAAGAUGGCCCGAUCUUUUCGCAAAGGGAAUCUGGUGCCCUGCAAAAACCUUGACAUUGACAUCAAUGACUAUCGGGACUUUGAGCCAUUUGAAGGUGAAACCGAUGUCAUACCGAGGUCGAUGCCACCUGGAGUUGAGCCCCUGAUGGUUGUGGCUGUAGACAUGCAGAAACAAAGCAACGAGACCAACCAUUACACCAUGGAGUACAUGACCGACCUCCUGGUGGUCCGUCGUGCUCAACAGUUUGCCAUCGGCGUCACCUUCAACCGUCCACUGGUGCCAUCUGACGAUUUCCAGCUGGAGUUUCUGAUUGGUUCUGACCCUAGCUCCAACAGUAAUACAAGGGUGGUGGUCACUUUCGGGAACCGUGGUGGUGGUGGUUCCUGGUCUGGAAAGAUCCUUGGAGCGAGUGGUGCGGUCGUGUCCCUCGGGAUCACACCGAAUCCCAAGGCCGUUGUGGGGUUGUAUCGUAUGUAUGUGGCCAUUGCCAAUGCAAACGGUAUGCGUCGAACCGAGAAGGACCCCAAAACCAACUUCUACUUGCUGUUCAACGCCUGGUCUCCAGAUGAUGAUGUGUUCUACCCGGAUGAAGCUGGACGUAUGGAGUACGUCAUGAAUGAAACUGGUCUGAUAUCUCAGGGUGCAGUGGGUUCUAUCUCUGACCGUGGCUGGGUCUACGGACAGGUAAUCAUUGGGCUGCAUAGGCAGACACAAACCAUCAACCAAUUGGAAUUUGGUCUCAACGUCUUUACUCCCAUGUAGU